GUGAAGGUUCGAGUAUAAACACAGCAGCGAUCAGACGGACAUCAGACACACAAAGAAGAAGAAGAAGAAGCGACACAAUCUGCUGAGAAGAAGAGGAGAUCCUGAGGAGCCAUGAAGACUUUGACUCUUCUCAGUGCCUGCGCUUUGCUGUCUCUCUGCACUUCUACAGGAGAGGUCGACGCUGGUGCUGAUACUUCGGCUGAUUUGGUGGCAUCUCAGACCGCUGCUCCUGAUUCUCCCUCAUCAUCAUCAUCAUCAUCCUCAUCUGCCUCCGAUUCUGAUUCCUCCUCAUCAUCAGAAUCUAAUUCUGCAUCUGAUUCUGCAUCUGAUUCUGCAUCUGAUUCUACAUCUGACUCAACAUCUGAUUCUGCCUCUUCCUCAUCCUCUGAGUCAAACUCAGCCAGCGCUGAAGGAACACCUGCCAAUCACGUGCUGAUGAAGAGAGAUGUAGCUGCAAGACUUCUGAGACGCAGAAGAGCCGCAGCCAAUGCAGCCGAUCUGACUCUUCAACAGCUUGAGAGUUUGUGGGAGGUGUGUGAAGUCAAUCUGGCCUGUGAACACAUGGCUGACACCGCCGGCAUCAUUGCAGCUUAUACAGCGCAUUACGGACCAAUCCCAUACUAACACACAUCUGACCAUACAUGCAUCCCAUCAUGACUGUCUAUCAAACUCCAGAGCCAAAGAAGCAAAUAAAAUAAAGAUGUGUUUUUGUUAUGA